UCAACAGAGCGACAGCAGCGUCUCUUACCGAGGAUCCGGAGGUUUUGUUCAGGGGGGACAGGUGACAGCGCACACCGACCGACAUCAAACCGCCUGAGCGUCCAUCGGUGGAAAUUACUGCUCUUUCACACAGACACACACACCCCCCGCGCGCACCCUCCGAUUGCCUCAAUAGAUGUUACUCAACUACAUGCACUCCGAUCUGAUCAUCUAAGCCCGGUCCACCAAGAUGGAAAAUGCGCACACUAAAUCGGCGACUGAAGUUUUAGCCAACUUCGGCGUGAACGAAAACACUGGGCUGAAUCUGGAGCAAGUCAAAGUCAAUUUUGAGAAAUAUGGACCGAACGAGCUCCCUGCUGAAGAAGGGAAGUCCCUUUGGGAGCUGGUGGUGGAGCAGUUUGAAGACCUCCUGGUCAGGAUCCUGCUGCUAGCGGCCUGCGUCUCCUUUGUGUUGGCUCUGUUUGAAGAGGGAGAGGAGACAACCACCGCCUUUGUUGAGCCAAUUGUUAUUCUUUUGAUCCUCAUCGCCAACGCUGUUAUCGGGGUCUGGCAGGAGCGGAAUGCCGAGAAUGCCAUCGAGGCUCUGAAAGAGUAUGAACCAGAGAUGGGAAAGGUGUACCGCAUAAACCGUAAGGCUGUCCAGAGGAUCAAAGCCAGAGACAUCGUCCCAGGAGACAUAGUGGAGGUGGCAGUUGGUGACAAGGUUCCUGCUGACAUCAGGGUCACCUCUAUAAAAUCCACCACCCUGCGAGUAGACCAGUCCAUUCUCACAGGGGAGUCCGUGUCUGUCAUCAAACACACUGACCCCGUUCCCGACCCCAGAGCUGUCAACCAGGAUAAAAAGAACAUGCUGUUUUCUGGUACCAACAUCGCUUCAGGCCGCGCCAUAGGUGUUGUUAUCGCUACAGGUGUCAGCACAGAAAUUGGUAAGAUCCGUAAUCAGAUGGCCGCUACAGAACAGGAGAGGACACCGCUGCAGCAGAAGCUGGACGAGUUCGGCCAGCAGCUCUCUAAGGUCAUUUCCCUGAUCUGCGUGGCUGUGUGGGUCAUCAACAUCGGCCACUUCGGGGAUCCUGUCCACGGUGGCUCCUGGGUGCGAGGGGCCAUCUAUUACUUUAAGAUCGCCGUGGCCUUGGCUGUGGCCGCCAUCCCAGAGGGGUUACCAGCCGUCAUCACCACCUGCCUGGCCCUCGGCACACGUCGAAUGGCCAAGAAGAACGCCAUUGUUCGCAGCCUGCCCUCUGUGGAGACCCUGGGGUGCACCUCUGUUAUCUGCUCUGAUAAGACCGGCACCCUCACCACCAACCAGAUGUCUGUUUGCAGAAUGUUUGUUGCCGACAAGGCAGAUGAUUCAAGCUGCUCCCUUCAUGAAUUCUCCAUCACUGGUUCUACAUAUGCCCCUGAUGGACAAGCAAUGAAAGGAGACAAGCCUAUCCAAUGUGGAGACUAUGAUGGACUUUUGGAGUUGGCCACCGUGUGCUCCAUGUGCAAUGACUCCUCACUGGACUACAAUGAGGCCAAAGGGAUUUAUGAGAAGGUGGGUGAAGCCACAGAGACUGCUCUCACCACCUUGGUGGAGAAGAUGAACGUCUUUAAGACUGACCUGUCUGGAAUCAGCAAGGUGGAACGUGCCGGGGCCUGCAACUCGGUGAUCAGACAGUUGAUGAAGAAGGAGUUCACCCUGGAGUUCUCCCGUGACCGCAAGUCCAUGUCCGUCUACUGCACCCCGACCAAGCCGGGCUCCCAGAGCAAAAUGUUCAUCAAGGGUGCUCCGGAGAGUGUGAUUGAACGCUGCCAGUACCUGCGUGUGGGAACAGCGAAGGUGACACUGACACCGGCCAUCCGUGAACAACUGCUGUCUAAGAUCCGGGAAUGGGGAACUGGCAGGGACACCCUGCGAUGCCUGGCGCUGGCUACCCAUGACAACCCGCCACGCAAAGAGGAGAUGGACUUGGAGAAUUCCAGCAAGUUUGCACAGUAUGAGUUGGGCCUGACAUUCGUUGGCUGCGUGGGCAUGCUCGACCCUCCCAGGAAGGAGGUGAUUGGUUCAGUGAAACUGUGCAACGAGGCAGGUAUUCGUGUCAUCAUGAUCACAGGAGACAACAAGGGCACAGCUGUGGCCAUCUGCAGACGUAUUGGCAUCUUCUCCGAGGAUGAGGAGGUGACGGGAAAGGCCUACACAGGCCGCGAGUUUGAUGAUCUCCCGCCGGAUGCACAGAGAGAAGCUGUCAAACGGGCUAGGUGCUUCGCCCGCGUCGAACCAGCUCACAAGUCCAAGAUCGUCGGAUAUCUGCAAUCAUUCGAUGAGAUUACUGCUAUGACUGGUGAUGGUGUGAACGAUGCCCCGGCCCUGAAGAAAGCAGAGAUCGGCAUCGCCAUGGGCUCUGGCACGGCUGUGGCCAAGUCUGCGUCUGAGAUGGUGCUGUCUGAUGAUAACUUCUCCACCAUAGUGGCUGCCGUGGAGGAGGGCAGAGCCAUCUACAACAACAUGAAGCAGUUCAUCAGAUACCUCAUCUCCUCUAACGUGGGAGAAGUCGUCUGCAUCUUCCUGACAGCUAUCCUGGGUCUCCCUGAGGCUUUGAUUCCAGUCCAGCUGCUGUGGGUAAAUCUGGUGACUGAUGGGCUGCCUGCCACUGCUCUGGGCUUUAACCCCCCAGACCUGGACAUCAUGGACAAACCUCCCCGCAAUUCAAAGGAGCCUCUCAUCUCUGGCUGGCUCUUCUUCAGAUACCUGGCCAUUGGAGGAUAUGUGGGUCUUGGAACAGUUAGUGCUGCCACAUGGUGGUACCUGUUUGAUGAAGAAGGCCCACAAGUGUCUUUCUAUCAGCUGAGACACUUCAUGCAGUGCACCGAAGAAAACCCCAUGUUCAAGGAUAUAGACUGCGAGGUGUUUGAAUCCCGCUACCCUACAACCAUGGCCCUGUCUGUGCUGGUCACUAUCGAAAUGUUCAAUGCACUCAACAGUUUGUCUGAGAACCAGUCCCUGGUCAGGAUGCCUCCCUGGGUCAAUAUUUGGCUACUUGGAGCCAUCAUCCUCUCUCUGUCCCUCCACUUCUUCAUCCUCUACGUCGAGCCUCUGCCGUUGAUUUUCCAGGUGACCCCUCUGCGCUGGUCCCAGUGGAUCGUGGUCCUGAAGAUUUCCAUCCCAGUCAUCCUCCUGGAUGAGGCACUGAAAUACAUCUCCAGGAACCAUCUAGAAGGUGAUGAGGAGAAGAAAUACCGGAGGAGAUGGCAGCAGAACUAAGACCUCUCCCACAACACACUCACACAGUUAGACACACGCCUACCCUCCUCUUCCCUUAACGAGUUAAAAACCUUUUUCUCUCCCCUGUCCUCGUUCCCCCCCACUCCUGCAUGUCCAACAACAACAACAACAACAACAACAACAACAACAACCACCACUAGAAUUGAGCAGGGCUUACAUGAGAAUGGGUGCGCAAGAAAAGAGAGCAUGCGUGUUCUUGCCAGCAUGGCUUUGUAUGAGUGCCUGAGUAAAUGAGUGCGUGUUUGUGUGUGUGUGUGUGUGUGUGUGUGAGAGAGCAGGCAGAUGCAGGCAUUUCGUUAUAGAUGCGAGAGCAAGAAACAACCGCAGGAAAAAAAAAAGAUACAACUGCCCAGAGCUCCGCUUUUCAAAGAUUUCUGCUCAUUGUUUUCUUUUUUUUUGUUUUUGUUUUUGUUUUUUUAUUGUACAGUACAAACAUAGUGGUGCAGUAGCUGGACUUGAGGAAAAAAGGAGAGGGAGGACAGGGGAACGGAGGUGGAUAAUACUUGGUGGGAUUUGGUGGGGAGGGGAGGCGGGUGUUUUGAAAUCAGCACAAAGACCGAAAGAGAGAUUGAGAGGCGAAGCGUGCUGCGGAGAAGACCGCAGAGAGACUGGCGUUCACUCUGGCAAAAGAAGAGCAUCAGAAAGAACGUGGAAGAUGAGAAAAAACAACAUCCGACUCAUGAGGCUGGCCAGGUUUUUGUCACCCACACUACUGGCAUCGAAUCUCAGCCAGCUCAGUAGGAGCGCGGCCUCAUCAGCACAACACAAUAAUAUAUCAUCGCUCUUCAUCAUCGCCCUCACCACAUAACAUCUAACUCCUGUUUGAUCGUGUUUUACGCACAACUACUCUCCUCUUGCCCGUCUCGCUCUCUCUCUCUCUCUCUCUGUCUGUCUCUCUCUCUGUCUUUCUCUCUCUCUCUCUGUCUCUCUCUCUCUCUCUCCCUCUCUCUCUCCAUCUCUCUCUCUCUCGCUGUUGAGGAGGCAGCUGUGGGCCCGGGUGGCGACUCAUCGGGCUCUUGAGUUGGGUGUGGAGAUGUUGCUCCGCCUAAAGGUGUGAAUAGCUUUACGCUGCUUGGCCGCUUCCUUCAGCUCUUUAUUCGAGGAGCUGAGGUCAGCUUGCAGACUUGGCAAAACUGAAAAAAAAAUGGAAAGAGGAAAAGAAAAAAAAAAAAAAAAGAAAAAAAAGAAGUGACGAGUCAAACAGCAACCAAACCAGCAUAUCAGCAGUGUAGUUGUCAGCCAGUCCUCCUGGCUGGUCCUAUUAGGCCUGACCUUAAUGUCCCAUCUGCUGCGCUGCCAUUGGAGUUUCAGCUGUCAAUCAUCCUGGCAAGUUAUUUCAAUCGAGUAAAUUAAAGAUAGAUUUUAACAAGUGGAUGAUGCUUCGUGACAUUUUGGGCAGAAUAAGGAUCUCAUCUACCUUUAAUUUAUUCAGUUAUUUCUAAUACUGCACCAGUGCUUACAGUAGGUGAAUGUGCACAUAGCCUUACUUGAAUUAAUCGGUCUAAUUUGACUUGGUAGGCUUUUCAGUUUUUGAAUGGCACAGAUGAUGUAGUUAAAGUAAGUUAAGGAACGGCUAAUGAACUGCUUGAUUGUGUCAGUCUUACAUCACUCGGUCAUGAAUCAUUUAUAUAUUAAGCACAGCAAACAUCCAUGCCUUAUACAUACAGCCCACUGCACCUCCACAUUGAAGAUGUGGUCAAAAUGAAUGUGUCUCUUUUAGCCUUUAAUUACCUUUUCACCCACCCCCACCACCCUCAUUCAUACGUGCCCAAAUACUGAGAUUCAUUCAAUACUGAUCACUUGAGGUCUUAAAGACUCUGAAUGUCCACCUGGUCAGUGGCCUGUUUAAUAGGAAACCCUUUUAUGUUGUGCUUUGUGCGCUUCUCCCUCAGCUCCUCCUGCUCUCUCAGUGCUUUAGCGACUCACUUGGGUAUUGUUUUAUAAUGACUUAAUAAUAAUGUAUUUGACUGAAUGAACCCACGGGGUUUGGAUUGUGUCUUUUAAGUCUUAAUUAUGGGUUUUGUGUGGGCCCUGGUGCUAUGUGGACUGGGUCAGGCUGACACAGUGGUUACUAUUGGUCUUUUGUCGUAUCUGAAUAGGACAGAGGAGAGUGUGCACAUUUAAAAAAAGAAAAGAAAAAGCAUUUGUAAAAGAAGGUACUUGAUCAAAAACACCUACAGGGAGAAAAAAUGGAAAUUGGAUCUGCACUCUGUGUCAGAUGCUUUUGAUGAAUUUAAUAAAGCAAUGUUUCAAUCACAGAGAUCUUUAAGGCAACUGUUGAAGAUUUCUGUGAGAUUGAAACAUUCUUUAAAUUCAAUUUACUGAGUUAUUGACACAGUUUUCUCACUUUUCUUGCUUCCAGACCUGCUUCCAACAAAGCACGGUUUAGAAUCUAAGGGAAAAUCCACUUAAACAAACAAAUCUAUGAAUCUAUUUUAUUCCUCUGUAGUAUAUUUUCCUCACUCAAGUAGAUUAAGUGUCCAAACUUGGACAACAUGACAUUACCAAGUCUAGAUAUUUCCAGCUCCACAUGUUCUCUGGGGCUUGUAAAGAGAGGAUUCUUGGCAAUUCACAAUAUGGCAAUCACUAACUUAAAUAGAAGUAAAAGAAGCAGAUUGUGGGAAAGUUAUACUAAAGCCUCGAUUUGAAUUAGAUUGAACACAGAACAUGAGAAUGUGGCAUCUCUGUCCAGACCAGCAGACCACCUGUCCCUGUCCCAUGUCUCCAUGGCUCUGUAACAUGCUGGCACUCUGGCCACCAGGCACUAUAGGUCUGUAUAGCCUUGUUAUUUACUACUGAAUCCUCAACUCUGUACAGAAGAUGAGAAUAUGAUCGCAUGGAACCUUGUUACUGUAAUAAUAACCUAUACAGUAUAUAAUAUUUAAUUUUUUGAUAACUUACAUCAAUGUACUUACCAACAUCAGACAGACUUGCGAGAAAGCAUUUUUAUUUUUAUUUUGAGCACAUGGUAUCUAAGGAUCUCUCUCUCUCUCUUUCUCUUUCUCUCUCUUUUUUUUUCUCCAUAGAAUAGAAAGGUUGUUUCUUAAAUGUUCCCGUUUGGUUUUUACAGUUGCUGGGGUUUUGUGUCUUUUACUGUAGGGAAAGAAUAUGAUGUUACCAUGUUUAAGAUAGACAAGAAUCAUGCUUACGCUAAUUAAUUGACGCUGAUCAUGUCAGUGAUAGUUAUCUGGUGUGAGAAUGUUCAAGAAUUUGUGAAUGAACUGUGUAUGGUUUACACUGAGAGAUAAGCAGUGAUGAAUCCUGGGUUAUGAAGUUUUAUGACUGUACAUUGAAGGGCUUGAUGUGGAUGCAGGCUCUAGAGACCCCUGACAAUCCUUCUGGGUAUGACAUUUUUUGGGAAGUUGACUCUUCCGGCACGGUACUCAAAGUCUUUUACCAUCUUUAGAAGAAUAACCAUCCUUAGUGACAGUAGAGGAAUGAAGUUCAUAUCGGUAACAUCUAACCAACAGCUCCCUUUUUCUCUGUCUAUACAAACAAGUAACCAGUCUCUAGAGCCUGAGUACCACCUCUGAGAAAAUAAAAGGAUUCUCUGUAUUGCCUUGUUAAUAUUAAUUGUGGACACAUAAUUUUAUAAAUGACAAAGACGUGGAAAUAAAGAUUAUUUAUCUUGUUA